CGUCUUGCCCGACACCAGGUUCUGGUUGAUUUUGUGGUUGGUUGACCUAGUGAAAAAAGUGUUGAUUAGUAAUCGCGUAACAUUAGCGCAAACGGGCUUCUCCGGCUCGGUAAUAUACACUUCGGAAUCUUAAACGAUCGUCCUGGUACUGGGAGAUGGAAUCGCAGUGCCCACGUAUUCAAGUCUUCCUUUGCUAAGUUUAAUUAUCUUAUCACCUUUGGCAAAAGUGCUCGCAAAACCUCUCGCCUCCACCGUAAAAAGGAAUGAAAAUUAUGGAAGUAUCCAGUGAUGAUGAAUGCCAAAUUGAAGAAGUUAUUGAUACAACCUCAAAAGAAGUAUCAAAACAAGAGAGGUUACCUUUCAAAACGUUGAGUUCUGACACAUCAGUUCCUAACAAAAAAAGAAAACAAGUGGUAUCGCCUUGUGUUAGAAAGCCUAAGAUAGCCAAGGUAAAUACAAAGGAGAAUUCCCCCAAAACAUCAAAUAAGACUGAAAAGGAAGAAAUUAUUAUUGUUGAGGAUGAAGGAGAUGUAAAAGAUGAUAAAAAGGACAAGAAAGUUGAGGAAGCUAAAAAUGUCACUAUUAGCUCAAAACAGACUGAUAGCAAGAAAAAGAAAUCCAUUGGUGGAAAAACUCCAAAAGCUAAGAAAUCAGAAUCUAAAAUUCAGUUGACCCCAGUGACAAAGUUUUUCAAGAAGAUCGAUGAUAAGGAUAAGGUUGGAAAAAAUGAGGUGCAAACUGAAGCUUCAAAUAGUGAAGAAUCAACAAAAGAAAGUGUACAGUGUAGCCAGAUAAUUGAUGUAUCAGAUAAUUCAAAUGACCAUUGUGGUCAACAAGAAAAAGAAAGCAGUAAAAAUCUUGGUAAAAAGGAUGAUGACAUCAAGUUGAAAAAUAAGGAAAAUGAACCUAGCGAUCAGGAUUCUUUCUCCAGUGAUGAAGACGAGCAAGAAAGUGUGGAACCAUCUAGCGUCAAGGAUGAUGAAAAUAUGGAUGCUGACUCUGAUGUAUGUUUAGAUGUAGAUUCAUCCUCAGACACGGACAAAAGGACAGAACACGAAGACACGGAUAGCAAAGAUGACGUUAACAGGAAUUCGGCCAAAAAGUCGAAAUCGAGUAGCAAGUUAUCUGACCUGUCUAUAACGAAGAAACUUACUCCAAAGCAAAUAGAAAAAAAACGCGAGUCCAUGAAAAAACGUGAAAUGCGAGAGAAGCAGAGAUUUGAGAGAGAAAAAAAAUUGCAAGAAGAACGUGAAAACAGAAAAAAAGAAAAGGAGGAAAAAAAACGGGAACGCGAAGAAAAAGAUAAAGCCUUGAAAGAACAAAAAAAAAAAGAAAAGGAAGAGAGAGAACAAAAAAAACUAGCGGAACUUGAGCAAAAGCAAAAGGAAAAAGAGGCCAAGGAAGAGGAUCGUCGUAAGCGGGAAGAAGCAAAGGAGGAAGAAAGGAAACGAAAAGAGGAAGAAAAGCUAGAGGCUGAAAGAAAAAAACAAAAGGCAGCCUCAAAUUUUGUAAGCUUCUUUGUAUCGAAAAAACCGACUGAAACGAAACCUGCAGAAGUGGAGACCAAAGUCGUGCAGAGUAAUUUCAUGCCUUUUGAAGUGAAAGUCGACAUGAGAACAGCUCCUGUUACAAGACGAAAACUGUCAAACGGGGAAAAAUCAGAGCUCGACAAGCUUAUGUCUGAAAGUAUCAAAAACGUAUCUGAGUUGUACAUAAAUGAACUGAGAAGUAAAAAGUUUUGUGUCAGAAAGUCUGGUAAGACGUGGCCUGUAGAGGCAAAUGACGACGUAGUAAUAAUAGAGGGUGAAGAGGAAACUAGUGCAAACGUUGUUCAAGCAAGCCAAAAAGCAGCUAACAAACAUCGUGCCAAACUGUUUCUCUUCAAUGAGAAUCGUCGACCACCAUACUGGGGAACGUGGAGGAAAAAGAGUAAAUUAAUCCGGCCACGCCGACCAUUUGUCAUAGAUACUAAAUGGUUUGAUUACGAAGUCGACUCGGAUGACGAGUGGGAGGAGGAAGAACCGGGAGAAUCGCUGCGCGGUUCCGACGAUGAGAAAGAGGAAGAUCCGGAAGACAACGAGUACGACGUGGACAACGACUUUAUGGUCCCUCACGGAUACUUAUCCGAGGAGGAAAUUAUGGCUGACGAAGAGGAAGGCGAAGAAGACGAUGAUCUGAAUCCAGAGAGACAGAAGACGAAACUAAAGAUCCUGAACGAGCAGUUCGAGGCGGAACGAAAGCAAAAGACCACAAAGCUCAAUCCAAAAGUGAUCGGAUGCUGUUGGCUACAAGCGGACAAUACGUAUCCCGAGAACACUCCGGACUCUGUGGUUAGAUUUUUAACUGUACGGCAGGCGUGGGCGCGUGCGAUUCCUUUGUCGCUGACAGCACCAGCCGAGGGCGACCUCAGCGAGAACACAGCGUGGUCGGCCAAACACGCAGCGACAAGUGCGCGCAACGCGGAAACCCUGGAGGAGGCGGUGCCUGAUCUCAUCCGUUUGGUCCACGGCAACACCAAUGCCCAAAAGUUCCUGAUGAAAGAGUUCCUCGAGUUCUGGUACAAGGUUAAGGAGGACAAGAGGCCACUGACGAAGAUGAAGCUGAAAGAGAAGAUACGCGAACUAGCCACCUAUACGCCCUGUCCCGAGCCUGGCCCACUGCACGAGAAGUCGAUGUGGUACGUGCCGGAAGAAGUGCGCAAAAAGUACCUGGGCGACGAGACACUGAGCUUGCCAAACUGCUGGACGUACUGCCUUACGCCGAAAAAAAAAGUCAAACAACCGCAGUCCGAGGUGAAAGAGAAACAGCCCCUGGAGAAGAGCGAAGACGUCAAGGAGAAGAAAAAUACGCCGCGCAUCACGCAGUUCACCAAGACCCUCACUGCCGAGGAGAUGCAGAAACAGUUGACCGAGAAGCCGGCCACGGUCUCCACGGCCAAGACCACCACACCACCCAUGACCAAACUACCAAAACGCGUAGCACUCGUUUCUCUACCGAGGCUGGAAUACCCGCUCAAGUCGCCAAGGGUUAGUUUGAUUAAUAAAUUCGUAACGAGUAGUUCCAGUGCAGCUGGUGAUAAAAAAGUAGUGCAAACGCCAAACGAAGAUUCGGAUGAUGGCGAUGACGUUCGAAUCAUCGACGAUAACGACGAUGUCAAUGUCGAUACGUCGAUCAAAUCCGAGUGUAAAGAAAUAAGUAAGAGUGCCUCAACGGAUAGUCCUCAAUUAAAGGGCGAUGCCAACGAUACUGCGCCGAGCGAUAAAACCAAUGAAAAAUCCGACAAUACGUCUUGUUCUGAUGUCGAAAUAAUGGAGAAUUUUUUUUUUUUUUUUUUUUUUUUUUUUUUUUUUUUAUAAUGACUACCUCUUCUGUAAUAUAUAGAUGUAUUUAUAAGGCACAAGAUGCCGACUAUGCAUAGUUGAAGUCUUUUUUAUUAAAAAAUUAAUGUUAAUCAGGACUAAAUCAAACUAAUGUUAUCCUUAGUUGUCAUAUUCGUUUAUUUCUUUGAUGAAAAUCAAUGAAAAAUCAUCGCUGCAGAACAAAUUUUUUUACUGUAAUUUUUUUCUCCACGUAUAACGUCAAUUCUUAGCAAGAACUUGAAAAAGCAUUCCGAUAGCUGUUGAAGCUCGACGUAAGAGACAAUGGUAUUUUUCAUACAAAUUUUGUAAAAAUAUUUUUGUAACUUGUCUUGGAGUAAUAGUAUUUUCCCCUCGUAUGUAUUUUAUACCGAUGUUAUUGGAUUCCAGUGCCUUGAUGAAUGAGGAAUCGAUUGUUAUUGUACUGUUGCAACUGGUAAUUUGAAAAGUUUCUUCACUGAAAAUUAUUUUAUACCCGUGUUGUUCUCGAGCCUUAUGUUAAUACUUAUCUAGUAUAAAAAAAAAAAAAAAAAAAAAAAAUUAAUUGAACACCUGUCUUUGAAAGAUGGUUCUCUUUUUCAUAAGAAUUCUUAAUAUUUAUAAAAUGAUUCUAUUUAACCACAAUCA